GAAUUCCUAAGCAAAAGAGAGGAAGGAGGAAUACACAUGCUUGUCCUGAACGAACGCACGGGCUCUGUCAUGGCGAGUCGGCAGUUUCGCACUUUCCAGCCUUCGGAAGGGAAAAAUCUACGAGACUCUCUGGAAGCUCUGCAACCUGGACGUGUUGUUAUUGUUGUAGGUCUGCCGGAUUUCCUCACCUUCCUGUCUCCGGAAGGAGAAGUUGCCCUGGUAAGACUGGGUGCCCGGAUGCUGCCCCGGGUUUGUACGGGCGAGGCCUGGGCCAUGGCGGCAGUCACGGGGUCACCCUCCCGUCGCGCGGACGCUGACCUAUCGCGGGGAAAGGUCAUCGCGGAGGCCGUGGCGACGCGGGAGUACAAGAGGCCCUUGAGGAGCCUCUUUCUGGAGAUGACGCUGGAAAGGGCGCCGCGGGAGCGAGGCUGCGGGUGGCACGAGGAGGCGGAGCUGAAAGACCAGGCGGAGUUCUGCCGCUCGUACGAGGGCUACGGAGACCUGUGCAGCUGCGGGCGGCCUCUGGUGCCAGCUCGCCGCCCGCGCCCGCCUCCGAUCUCGAUGGCGGAGGAAAUCCCAGUGGCCAUAGUAACCGCGAACAAGCCAUUCCACCUUUACAGGCUUUUGAAGAACCUCGGGGAAGUGGCGGGAUCCGGGGAGACGCGCGUGCUGGUGGUGGUGGACGGGCCGCACCUGGAGACGCUGCACCUGGCGAGGCUCUUCGGGGUCGAGGUGGCUGUUCACACGCCCCAGGGCUUGCCGGGCGAGAAUACCAGAACAAACAUGAACAUAGCAUUUGCUCUGUACAGCGUGUUCAGCCGAUGGCCGCAUGUCGACAAGGCCAUCCUGCUUGAGGAUGACCUUCUUCUCGCUCCAGACAUCUUGAGGUAUGCAAUUCUUAGUUUGAAUGGAAUCAUGCACUGCCUAGGAACAGACGAACAAGAAGUGAAGGAAAUUUACGAGGGCGUGUUAACGUUUCGAGUGCGCCCAUUCUCCCACGCCUACGCCCACGACCGAACUCAAGCCCAGUCUCAGGAUCUAGCAGCCCAGGACCCCGUCAAUGCCACCCUUGAAACGGCAAAGGCUCGGAGUCUCGGUUGUGAAAAGGAGUCCCACGUUCUGUACAUUGUCGGCUGCCCCUUGUCCAAGUACUGCAAAUAUUCCGCUGGGACAAGUGACUGGAUUGCACCGUCUGAAUCCUACAGGAUAGAAGCUGACAGGGUGGCUAUGAAGAGAAAAACAGCUGGGGACCUGAGAACCAUGAGAAUAAGACUGACUCCAAAAUCGGCCAGUGCAGAAUUUAAUCUCACCAACUUUCAGGAUAUUUCGAGUAAAAGGACUGGGUGAUGCAAUUCAAAAACAACAAUAAAACAUAAAUAAUUGUGAC